AAGAACUCUUCAAUCACGAACAAGAUAGCUGACAUGGCAAAAUCAGUGAAAGUCGAGGGAUAUGAAGCCUUUAAAGCCGCUGUUGAUGAACACAAAGGAACGACCAUAUUCGCUCUGUUCUGUGGCUCCAUCGGAAAGGACGGGAAAAGUUGGUGCCCGGAUUGUGUCGUCGCUGAGCCUGUGAUAAAUGCAAACCUGUCCAAGAUCGCCGAUGACGGAGUUUUCAUAUAUUGCAGUGUUGGAGAUAGGACAUUUUGGAAAGACCAAAACAAUGCGUUCAGAAAAGACCCAUCGUUGAUGCUAAAGGGAGUUCCAACACUUCUCAAAUUAGGACAGCCCAAUCGACUUGUGGAGGAGCAGUGUGCAAAAACUGAUCUUGUGGAGAUGUUGUUUGCGGACGAUUGAUGACUUGAUGGAGUUGGCUUGAUGGAGUUGACUUGAUGGUUGAAGUGAAUUCAUUUAAACAGAAAAAAUCAACAACAAAAUACACAUCCCAGCUUGCAAGAUUAUGAUGUGAACAUCUAUAUUAUAAACAUCUAUUCAGGUGCUAUAUUUGUCCUCUUCGCGGUAAAAGGGAACUCCAAUUUGUCGUUGGUUGCACACAUUGCAUUAAUACCAGCACAUUGGGUUCUGAACUAUUUCAUGUAAAUAUUCAUUUCUUGAUUGUAUUUAUUCUUUAUUUGUUCUUUUUUAUUCCGGAAUUUUCUCUACAUCAUGCCCUGGCGGUUUACUUAAGCAAAACUUGGUGGUCGGUGGCCUGACCGGCAAAUUACACAAAGCACAAUCAAAAUAAUCUGAAAUGUGGGCAUUGAGUUCAGUUUUAGUCUCUUAAUUUCCUGGAAAAACGGUUAGUUUAAACAUAUUUUAUGCAUCAUAAAUAUCAUACCUUGCAGCAAUGUAUGUCAUUUUAUACAUGAUAUAUUGAAUCGGAUUAAAAUGAACCGUUUACUAUACGUUAGCGGCAUACA